AACAUCGACCAACGCCGGAGACAGAAAGCGACCAACCACAGCUUGAGCGGAACCACAGCAAGCGCCAAACCGUAAAGCGCCUCCCGUCUGGCCAAUUGGAUGGCGAUGGAGGGCGAAAAGGUCGUGAAUGUGUGGGAAGAGAGGAUCUUGGAGGUCAUCGCAGAAGAGGCACGAGCAAAAAUUAAAGAAGAGAUCGAAGUGCGGGCGCAAGAGGCUUGUGAGGAGGUUGACUAUUUGGUCGCUUCCGCCUUGCGGCAUUUGCCUCCCGAGAUACGGGCCAUGCCUGCACGAUCCGUGAUCCAAUUGCUGGAUGGAGAGCCCAUCCAGGCAGCCCCUGCAGCUUCCUCAGCAGCAUCCUCCUCCAAUGCACCAGCUUCUGCCACAACAGCACUGCCUCCCUCGCGCGUGGCGGAUCUUCGGAGGCUCUUCGACCGCCACCGUCCAGGUCCAGGUGCUUGUCCAGUGAGAUGAUGGCCUCUAAUGAUUCAAGUGCUUGACACUGCUGACACCGGCUGACCAAUGCUGCUUUGACGCUAGACAGAGCUUUCGGCUGCACCUCUUGUCAAUGCUCCAAAUUCGUUGAAUUUGUGCAAAGUCCAAUGCAAGACUCUUUGGCGGCGU